AUGGUGGAGAAAAUCACCGUGAAUGGUCGUCUAACUCGCGUGGAAACCAAAUUCGCCUUCAUAGAAACACCCCAUGGAAGUGUCUUUUGUCCUUUAGCUGCUGCCAUACCACCAUCAGAACAUGUCCCGAACUUCUCGAUGCGCUACCAUGUUGGUGAUAUUGUUCGUGUCAUCAUGGUUCCACAGGAAGGGAAGAAUGGAUGCAAAUGGAGAGCCGUGAAGGUUAAUGUUUACUUUUUACCCAUGCUACCCUUAAGGUCUGAUUCCAAAUUUCUAAUUGAAACUCUAGCCUUCGGAUUAAGUGAUGAAUUUGGUUCAGUGUUUAUCCCAGGAGCAGCAUUUUCUGCAGAAGAAGUAACUCGGCUGAAUUCAUACCUGAAUAUAGGUUAG